CGCUGGAGAGGGAGAAGGCCUGUGAAGCUCCAGUGUCUCCAUGGCAACCGCUAAGGAAACAGCAUGGCGACUGAGGACAAGGAAGCCGCUGCAGCGGAGUCUGCAAUAACUGAAAUCCAUAAGAAGAUCACCGAGGCCUUUGAGGUGUUUGACCAUGAGUGUAAUAAAACUGUGGAUGUCAGGGAGAUUGGUACAAUCAUUAGGUCAUUAGGAUGCUGCCCAAGUGAAGGGGAUCUACAUGAUAUGAUUGCAGAGGUAGAAGAAGAAGAACCAACUGGGUUUAUUCGUUUGGAAAAAUUUCUUCCCAUGAUGACUAGAGUAUUGACGGAAAGAAGGUACCGCCCAAUUCCAGAAGAUAUUCUUUUACGUGCAUUUGAGGUUUUAGACCAGAAUAAAUGUGGACAUCUUACUAAAGAUGAGCUGGUCAAGUACAUGACUGAAGAAGGUGAGCCUUUCACUCAAGAAGAAAUGGAGGAAAUGUUGUCUGCUGCUGUGGAUCCAGAAACAAAUAAUGUUCGCUACAAAGACUACAUCUCAAUGAUGGUUGUAGAUGAAAACUAAGCACUUCUUGUGUAACUCAUAUAGGUCUGAACCUUUUGCUUGGUGCUUGUUGAUUAACAUCAUUGGAGUUGUUCUGUAUUUGCCAUGAGAUUGCAGCAAAGGCUUAUGUUGAAAUAAUUUAUCUAUGAAAAUAUUAUCCCUUUAUAUACUUAGGAAAAUACAGAAGUUGUAAAAAGAUAGUUUUCAAAUGUUGAUCGGUUUGGAUAAGAAAAUAAGAAAACUUCAGAUUAUGCAGAGGAAGCAUGAACCACUGGGUCCAGCAGAAUUUAUUCCCAGGUAACUAAGUAUAGGAUCCCAGCCAAAAACUACAGUAUGAAGUAUUAACAUUAUUAUUUAUUGAAUUUAUAUACUGCCCUAUACCUGGAGGUGUCAGGGCGGUUCACAGAAAACACAAACUAGGGAGGAAGUCCCAUGAAACAUAGCAAAACUCACUUCCAAGUAAACAUGCAUAGGUUAUAGAACAAAACAAUGAGGGGCAACAUAUUAUGAUUAUUAAUUGCAUUAUUAGUCUUUUAAAAACGAAAAAUAGAAAUAAUUUCACGAAUAAAUUCAGAUGUAAACAAAACUAGGAAGAGUUGUGCUUCAAGUAAAUAAGUUGUGAUAUAGCUAACAUUUUGAAGGCAAAACUAUUAGAGAUCAGUUCAUAUUUAACAUUGAUCCUUAUAUUUUGGUCUGCACAGAUGCGAACCUACCAAAUGUUUUGAUUUAUAGCAAAAUUCUCUAAAACUAUAUGACUUUGAUCUGACUUCAUUAAGGAAGUUAUGCAAACCAGUCAAACAGUCUAGUUGUUUGUUGAGACUUGAAAUCUGUAGAGGAGCUGUUAUUGAAAGGAUUUUCUGUAACUAAAAGCAGAGCACUGGUGAAGGCUCUUGACUUGGGAACACUCUUUCCCCAUUGUUCCUAGAAAAUAAGUUUGUUGACUUCCAGGUAUGCUGUAAUGCUUCUCUGUUUAUUCAAGGUAUUACUUCCCCCUCCAUCCUAGGGGUUCUAGUUUGCAUUUAAGAAGAUUCUGCUGACUAAAUUGUGUUUGUGGUGGUGAAACUCUCUUCAGAGGUUUGCAGCAUCACAAUUUCUUGUUGAUUCUCCUUAAUAGCUAUCUUGGAGUAGGCCACGGAGGCCUGGUUAGGAGUAAGGCGGCAGUGUGCUUAAACCUUUUUACAAACACACUUGGAGAUCUAGCCCUGCCCCAGAGAGAGCAAAUAAAAGACAAAGCAGGGGAUAAGAUGUGCAUGAUCACAAGGCCUCUCUGUAGGAUGGAUUUACAGGAAGUAGAUGUGAAAAACUUAAGAGCAAGUGAGACCUUGGGCCAACCUAUGUGAAAAACACUGGAAUCAUGAAAUUAUGAGUUACUUAGAAAGUUCCUACCACAAAAGCAAAUGCAGGUUCUGAAUAUUUUUAGAAGAAAUAUUGUCUGUUAAUUCACAUUUACUUGUAUUAUCAUGGUAAAAAUAACUUGGAGGCAAGAUGGAACUGCUCUUCUCCGCUAGGAGCGCAGAGAGAAGAAUGUCACGGUACACAUGUAGCAAUGAUAACCAGAUGCCUUCACCUGCCCCACCUACAACAAAACAUGUCUCUCCUGCGUUGGUCUCUACAGCCACAGCAGGUGCUGUGACUCUCCAAAGUCUUGACUUUACCCCCAAAGGCACACUCUUCCAUUGUCUCCCGAGUUAGAAAGAUGCCAACAACAACCAGAUGGAACCCUUUUGGAAUGACACAGCUGCCAGUUGUCCAAGAUACAAUAGCCCAAUGACAUUUUAUGGAACCAUCCUUUUACGUAGGAGCCAAACCACUGCAACCUAGUGACUCCUACUCCUGCAGAGUUUAUCCUCAGGAUACUACCAAUCAAUGGUAUCCAAAGUCACAGGUUGAGAAUAAGCAACAGGGCCACACUCUCCCUGCCUUCUCCUAAUAAAAGCCAUGCAUCAAGGUGACCAAGGGCAACUUGGUCCCACAGCCAGGCCUGAACCCAGACUAGAAUGUGUUCAGAUAAUCCGUUUCCUCCAAAAGUACUUGCAGAUGAACAGCUACCAUCCUGCUGAGCACAUUCCCCCACCCUGGGGAUAUUUUGCAGCAAGCCUCCAGAGCUGGCUUUUAAAGGCACAGUUUCACUACUGCUUCUAUAUGGGAAAUAAGUAGAACCUCUUGAUGUAAAGAUGCGUUCAUCACAUCAGUCUCCUCCAGCUCACUUGAAUUAACUGACAAGCAAGCACUAAGAAGGGAGGCAGUUGCCUAGUCAGCCACAAGCACCUUGAGUCCUCAGGACUCAAAAGCUGAAACAGAUCCCAUAACACCAGACAUGCUGGACAUCUCAGGUGCAUCUGUCUCAACUAUGGUGUUUAAAUUUACACAGAAGCAAGCAACUUUAUCCUCAAAAUGCCUGACAAAUUUUUCUUAGCAGGCACCCAAGAAGAAGAAGAGGAGGAGGAGGAGGAGUUUGGAUUUGAUAUCCCACCUUUCACUCCCUUUAAGGAGUCUCAAAGCGGCUAACAUUCUCCUUUCCCUUCCUCCCCCACAACAAAUCCUCUGUGAGGUGAGUGAGGCUGAGAGACUUCAGAGAAGUGUGACUGGCCCAAGGUCACCCAGCAGCUGCAUGUGGAGAAGUGGGGAAGCGAACUCGGUUCACCAGAUUACGAGUCCACUGCUCUUAACCACUACACCAUGCUGGCUCCGGACUCCCCAUUCAGAGGGGCAGAUAUUAAUAAACCCCACACCACUUGGAAAAGCACUGCUGUGCAGUUAAUUGAGGAUGUAAUGGAGGUGAAAAAGAACAAUUUAGUUGCUGCCCUCAAUACCAUACAGUAGGCACAGUCAUGCACUCUAAAGUCAGCUUGGUCACCUUCCCCACAAAUUUUGUGCCAUAUUGCUACAGUUGUCAUCUAGCCUGUUUCAUCAUCUAGAGUACCGCAGGGAAACCAAGGAGCAGCAUGGGCAUCGGCGUUGCUGAGGACUCCUAGGAGGAAUCAUGUUGAUUGCCCUCUGCAUCUCACCAUUGCAUAGUGAGCCUGGGGCUUCAACAGAAUUGCCAGUUCUGUUCACCAGAAUUUUGCCAGCUAUGACUUAUAAUGUCUCUGCGGCACUGGGACCUGGCAACAAUUGCCAAGAAGCAGCGAGGGUCCUGAAUUUUACAAAUUGACUUUAACUAACCAGCUAAUUCUUUGCAAACUGGGUUCUACUUCUGUAUGUAUUCACAUAUUUAACUAAUUUGUUUCUAAUUACACAUAUUUUACCCACGUGUCUAGCAUGAGAUAAUAUUAUUAGCCUUUUAUAAAAGCAUUAUAAUAACUACAUUUCAUUCUUAGGCUGUAGUGGCUGACUAUAGAAAGAAGUCCAAAGUUAAUUAUUUACAUUUUUUCUAAAGCCUGGGUGAAUAAUACUACCUAAUCCUGGUAUCUGUUACUGCUUAAACUACUCUGAAAUCUCUUCUAGGGACCCUUAUCUCAAGACAGUAAAUCAGAUUUCUCACACUAUGCAAAUAAUUCAGUUGCAAUAUAGGGCAAUCCAAUAUAUUGUGGAGCCUUCAUAACCUCUGUUUGUUCUCAAAGAGUGGAAUCAAGGUUGUGUAAUAGCCAAGACAGGUGUAUGGUGCCCAAAUUUUGAACAGUGGCCUCUUAAUUUUAUUUACAAAAUGCUGUUCCUUUACACAGAUCUUGAGAACAUUAACUUGCCAUUUGCAUCUAAGACUAUGAAUGAACCAUUCUCAGAGACUAGUUUUAUAGACUUGUUUCUUCUAGAACCUCUAAUUAAGGCAUGUGAAAUAAUUAAGAUUGUUGCCUUCUGUAUCAGUAAUUUCUUCUACAAUUAAAUUUUCACUUAUGUUUUUAAUAACUUCCUUCCCUGCUUACAAUGCUAAUGACUAAUUAGCCCCAGAUUCGUUUCGUUUCAGUGCAAUAAACAAGUAAUGCCACAGUUUAUUAUUUUUUUCUAAUAAAGAGCAGAAGUGGAGCACCCCUGAAUGCAAUGAGUAAAUGCAAAUAAAGUCUGAAUAGCCUAAAAUGUAA